AUGAAGAAUGUCAAGAAGUUACAUUUUUCACUGCUUCUCGUAUUAGUGCAUGUUUGCUUUGCACAAGCAGACUACGCCCCAUUUUUCUACGAUAAUGGGCCCUACAGUAGCAACGGGAACCUGGCACUCUUCAGUCUGUCAGAGGAUACUCCUGUCGGCACACAGAUCUAUGCUCUCAAUGGCACCGACCCGGAAGGCCAGGAGGUGAGGUAUGGGUUGAGCUUUGAACCCGGUGCCAAAGAAUACUUCAGAGUGGAGCCCAAGUCUGGAAACAUAACUCUGGUGGAGCAACUGGACAGAGAGAUUUUAGAUUCUAUUGAAGUUCUUGUCAGUAUCACAGAUGGCCGAAGUAAGGUUACUGAAAAGGUCACAGUGUUUGUCAUGGAUGCCAAUGAUGAACGACCAGUGUUCAAAAACCUGCCCUCCUUUUUGGAUGUUCCAGAGAACUCUGAAAGUGGGAGCAGUAUCUACAAAGUGCUGGCUGUGGAUCGGGAUACAGGCUCUGGAGGCUCGAUUACCUUCUAUCUACAGACUAAUGGUCAAUCCAGUAAAUUUGCCAUAGACCGACACAGUGGUGUGCUGAGGAUCAAGCCCGGGGAGACGCUGGACUAUGAGAGGUCGACAACACACUUCAUCACAGUGGUGGCCAAGGAUGGUGGUGGGAAUUACAACGGGAAAGAACAGGUGAUGUCAUCCUCUGCCACCUUGACAAUCAAUGUGAUUGACACCCAGGACACACCCCCUAGCUUUGUCGGGACACCAUAUUUCGGAUACGUUUAUGAAGUGUCCAUACCAGGUUCGGAAAUAUUCACAGUUUUCGCCAAAGAUGGAGACCUAGGAAUGCCCAAACCAAUCCAUUAUUCCCUCGAGAAUGGUACAGAUGGUGUUUUCAGCAUCAACAAAACAAGUGGUGUGAUUAGUCUGCUGACUUACCCUAUCUAUCUGAAGAGGGACAUUUUCAACAUGAAAGUCAAGGCCUCUGAGGUCAGCCCUGAGGGGAACCUUAUGGACUAUGGGGUCACCACGGUCGUUAUCCGGGUGGUAGACCUAAACAACCACCCCCCCACCUUCUAUGGGGAGAAUGGACCGCAGAACAUGUUUGAGAUGACCAUGUAUGAACACCCUCCAGAGGGAGAGAUCAUCCGUGGUCUGAAGAUCACAGUCAAUGAUUCUGAUCAGGGGUCCAAUGCUAAAUUCAACCUCAGACUUGUUGGUCCUGGGCGGAUGUUACGGGUGGUUCCCCAGACUGUGCUCAAUGAGGCCCAGGUAACCAUCUUAGUGGAGGACUCUGCUGCCAUGGACUAUGAGAAAUUCCAUUUCCUCACCUUCAAGCUUCUUGCCGUGGAGAUGGACACACCAGAAAGAUUCAGCGCCACAGCGGACAUCGUCAUACAUCUUCUCGACACCAACGACAACGCUCCCAAGUUCUCUUCCGUUUACUACAUCGCCAGAAUUCCAGAAAACUCUCCCGGCAACUCCAAUGUUGUGUCUGUGACCGCAACAGAUCCAGAUUCAGGCUUUUGGGGAGAAGUCAAGUACUCAAUCUACGGCUCAGGGGCUGACUUGUUUCUGAUUCAUUCAGCAUCAGGGAUCAUCUACACCCAGCCAUGGGCCAGCCUGGACGCGGAGGUGAAGUCCAAGUAUAAUUUCUAUGUCAAAGCCGAGGACGCAGAUGGCAAGUACAGCCUGGCCGAGGUAUUUGUGACCGUACUGGACCUCAACGAUCACCCGCCAGAGUUCAAUGAGAACUUCCUGGAAAAGACCAUGAUCAUAGGAGCGCUGGUGAAGAUAGAGGCGCAAGAUGACGAUGCAGAGGGGCCCAACAAUGUCAUUGAGUACUCCAUCAUGAAGACAGACCCGGAAAACAUCUUCGACAUCAACGCAGACACGGGCGAGAUCAAGCUCAAGUCCUACAUCAAGUCUAUGGACAUCGUCCAGAACAUCACCAAACAGAAUGACUGUACCUGGUCUGUGGUGGUCCAGGCCCAAGACAGAGGCUCGCCCUCCUUCAGCACCACCACGGUGGUCAAGAUAGACAUCACAGAGGCGACUCAACUCAGGGGGCCUUUGGCAUCCUUUUUCGUGCAGAGUAGAGACAAGCCUUUGCACAUCUUAGCCAUGAUCGCUGGUGUCAUUAGUCUCAUGGUUGUGGUGACAGUCUCCAUCUCCACCAUCAUGUUCAUGCGCAACAAAAAGUCCAACAGGAUCCUGCCCCACCGCCGCAUCCGGAGGCGAAACAAACCACCCGUGACCUUCAAGUUCCCGAACCCUGGAGAGAAACUCCUAAUCCAAGAACCAGAGGUCAUGGUGGGGGACAACGUCAACUGUAGCAACUGUAACAUAGCGAGCGGACACCCUCUGCCUCCAAACCACAACAUGAAUGUGGUGACUGGACACCAUUGGUCUCCAAACCACAAUGUGAGCAUGGUGAGUGGACGACAUUGGCCACCACCACCACCACCGCCCAAUGCCCCUGCCCUUCCCCCACUGCUCCUUGGAGGGAGGCCUGGGGACAGACAGUGGAUGGUACCGACGGUAUUGGGCACAGUAGCACAGAUCAAGCCUAAGAGGAACAGGAACAGACCAGUUGACAGUGUGAACGCAGCACUGGUGUCUGAGCUCAAAAUUAGACUGGACCAGAGGAGGUUGGCAAACUGCUCUUAGGAGAGCGAGAGAGUGAGUGUGUGUGUCUGCUUGUGAGUAUUGGUGAGUGGGAGUCAUGAUACUCAAUGAAAGAUAUAAUUCAUACAGCAACUUUCAAAGUGCUUUAUGUUGUGUGUGUAGAAGUCAAACACCAAUGUGUAGAAGUCAUCAGCUGUUUUUUUUUUUUUAUUGACAAAAACGUGAUCGUCUGUGCAUGCGUGUCUUUGGUUCAAAGUCUGUUCAAAUCAAAGUUUAUUGGUUGCGUACACAGACUUGCAAAUGUUAUCACCGGUGCAGCGAAAUGCUCACAUUUCUAGCACCAACAGUGCAGUAAUAUUUAAGAAUACAAUCACAAUACACACAUAAUCCAAAACAAAACCAACAAACAAUUAGAAAGUUCAUAUUAUGGACUGGUGAAUCUCUGAUGCAUUCCUUCUGUUCUAGGUAAUUUCAGGUUCUUAUAGCUUACGUGAUGAAGUCAUGGACUAGAUCUCAGGACAAGGCCGUUAUUUGGCUUCUGUCCAAGCUCCUUACAAGAGCUUUUAUGACACUUAACCUGACUAAAGGGAUCAGUGGAGAGAGGUGAACUCGUCUGAUCACCUGACAAAGAAGAUCAACAAGCCAACUGCUUGGGAGUCGAGCAAAAUGCAUCUGAACACGUUAAGGCAGGCACGUUUUGGGGUAAACCAAUCACAUUGCUGAUAAUUUGUCACAUCUGCCAUCUAAUUUCAUCUCUUUGUGUGGUGCAUCUCUUUCCAAUUGGAUUCUCAUUUAUAGCCCAAAGACAACAAAAAAGCAUAUGUAAAUAUAAGGAGUAGAGGAAAUUGUGGAUUUUAAAACCAAACCAGACAUAUCCCUUGUAAUGUGCAUCCACUUACAUCUUGAGACAGCCUUUUAAAGCAAUAAUUGCAUAUGUCCUUUAUUAUCUGUCUAGGGGUUAGAGAUAAAUAUGGGAUUGGCCAAAGGGAUCCAAGGACCAGGAUGGUGGUGUUGCUGAGGAAACGUUUGGGUAUUUACUGUAAGGUGGCUAAAGGAUUAGGUUUAUUACCUUAGUAAUCACUCUGGAACAGUGUUAUUCACUGCCCUCUCCUGGAGAAGAAAAGGAAGAAUAUAUUAACCCUUUGACGCAUACAAUCACACAUUUGCGAUCAUUGUUGACUGGUCCCUGCAGCGUACCAUCGUAAAUAUGCGAUUGGAAUAGUAACAACAGAACGUAGCUAUGAUAAAACAAACACGUCUAAACAGCAUUGUCUGAAAAGCAUCGACACAAUGUUUUGUUUUGAUGGGAAAUAAAGCUCUUCACAACUUUAUUCCUCAAUUACACCUUUUAUUGUAAAAGAUAAAUACGAAUUUCGUCAUCAAAACAACACACGGAACACAUCCACACCCAAACUCAUUGCAUAAACCAAGUUAAAUAACUUGUUGCCCUGACAAUAAAAUACACAUAAGUUAACGACUUAACAGCUAGAUUUGUUUACAAUGUACCACAUCUCUGGUGAGCACAAGGGAGAAAUGUAAUAUUGUUUAGAAAAGAGAUCCGUGUCAGCUAAGCUAAGAGCAGCCAUGUUUGUUUGUUGAUGCAAAUAAACAAAGUCAAAGAUGGCAGCGCCCAUUGCCUGAAGAAUAUUAACUUAGUUUGGCCACUUUUUGGAUAUUACAAAUCUCCGAAGUACUUGUUACAGUGUAUACAAGAACCGGAGCACAUGACUUGACAAGUCGUUUACCAUUUUUUACUUUAUUAAAAAGCAAGUAAGAUCAUCACACCAAAUAGAAGUCUACUGCCUUGCUGAACCAUAGCUAUACAGGGAUAAAGCCAUUUUAGGGGGUUUUGUGGAGA